AUGGCUACAACAAACGAGACCGCAACAGAUGCCGUUGCGCAAGCACAACCCAUCGCAGAAACGACCACAAACACAAACUCAAUAGAAAAGGACCUAGGUCUCCCAUCAUCUGCAGCUGAAGGACUAAUUAAAAAGCCCUUCGGCCACCCAGCAGAUGGCGUCAAAAUCCCCCCUGCCGCCAGCCUAACAGCCGACCAGACAAAAAAAUACGACGAAGUACUCCAGACCGUGACCGGAUUCACCUCAGUGCCUACAAGCCUCGCCAAAAACGCAAGCGAAUCGCCCCUAACCGAUAAUGAGCGCAUGUGGCUUACGCGCGAGUGUCUACUUCGAUUCCUACGAGCUACGAAAUGGAAUGUCCCUGAAGCUAUCAAACGUAUUCGCGCAACAUUGGCGUGGCGGAGGGAUUAUAUCGGCGAUAAGCUUACGGCGGAUUACAUUUCCAUUGAGAACGAGACGGGAAAGCAAAUACUCGUAGGGUUUGAUGUAGACGGUCGACCGUGUCUAUAUCUCCUACCGUCACGACAAAAUACAGACAAAAGCCCGAGACAGGUUGAGCACUUAGUCUUCAUGUUGGAGCGGGUUAUUGAUUUAAUGCCUGCGGGACAAGAGAAUUUAGCCCUCGUGGUGAAUUUCAAUGAGACAAAGUCUGGACAGAAUGCGACGAUAGGGCAGGCGAAGCAGACAUUGGAUAUUUUGCAGAAUCAUUAUCCCGAGAGGCUGGGUCGCGCUCUUGUCAUUAAUGUACCCUGGUUAAUCUGGGGCUUCUUCAAAAUAAUCACCCCCUUCAUUGACCCGGUCACCGUGCAAAAACUCAAAUUUAACGAAGAUCUACGCCAACACGUCCCUCCUGCGCAGUUACUCAAGUCCUGCGGCGGAGAUGUCGAGUUCGAAUAUGAGCAUUCCAUCUACUGGCCUACGCUGAACAAACUUGCGGAUCAGCGUCGGGAGAAGAUCUGUGAGCGCUGGGUUCGGGCCGGUCAACACAUUGGGGAGUCGGAGUUUUAUCUUCGUGGUGGCACGGAGCAGAGUCAUUUUGCGCCAGCUUACUGA